AUCUAGCUUACGCCGACAGUAGUGAUCACUCAAAAAUAGCUACGUGAGGGGUGUCAUGGCAUCAAGUAACCGAGAGGAAAUAAGUAUUCAAGAUGAGGCUGUGGACAAAAGCAAAUUUAAGACAUGCAAACAAAUUGCCUUCUACAGGCGUCAGAAACGUUUGUGUCCUGGAAAAUCCUUGUACCGAGCUUUGCUGGAUACAGUGGAAUUAUCCAACAGCUAUGUCAAAUUUGAAAUUGUCAAUGAAGAAUGCAAGGUAACUCUGUUAGUGGAAAUUUAUGAAAUAGAAGGCAAUAUUUUCAGGCUUAAAAUCAAUGAGAAAACACCACUCAAACCAAGAUAUGAAGUCCCCAAUGUUCUCAUAAAAGAGCCUGCCUGCCUUAGGCUAACAGUAUCACAGAAAGAUACAAACAAACUUGUGUUGGCUUGUGCCAAUGAAGAGCAGCAGCUUCACAUUACAGCAAAUCCUUUUCAGAUACAGCUUGUUUCCAAGGAUGAAACUAUACUGAGCAUGAACUCAAAUGGCCUGCUGUAUUUUGAGCACUUUCGGCUACCACCCCAAUUCAGGAAAUCUACAUUGCAAGAAAAGGAAGAUGGAUCAGCUAAGCCCUCUAAGGAAGAUCAAGAAGACUUUGGUCUCUGGGAAGAGAAAUUUGGCCAUUUUUUAGACAUCAAAGCUAAUGGUCCCAGCAGUAUAGGCUUAGAUUUUUCUUUACAUGGAUUUGAACAUGUGUAUGGAAUACCUCAACAUGCAGAGACGCUUCUCCUUAAAAACACCAGCCAUAGUGAUGCCUACCGGCUUUAUAACCUGGAUGUCUUUGGAUACAAGAUUCACAGCAAAAUGGGCAUUUAUGGUUCUGUGCCCUUGCUCUUGGCACACAAGCCUGAUAGAACUAUUGGGAUCUUCUGGCUGAAUUCUUCAGAAACUCUGGUGGAGAUUGCUACAAAAGCUGCAAUGGAGGUGAACGCCCUGCCGGAUUUUGGCUCCUGCAUGAAUGUGCUUCUGCAGUGCUUAGGGGUUUUGCCCUCCAGAGCUCCAGACAUCUCAAAGCAGAGAGUGCUUCCUCAAACCGAUGUGCGCUGGAUGUCAGAAAGUGGAAUAAUAGACACUUUCAUUCUAAUGGGGCCCCUGCCUUUUGAUAUUUUUAAGCAGUAUGCGCAGUUGACAGGUACUCAAGCCUUGCCUCCUCUCUUCUCCCUUGGCUACCACCAGUGCCGUUGGAAUUACAAAGACGAGGAAGAUGUAGAAGACGUAGAUGCAGGUUUUGAUGUAUCUGACAUCCCGUAUGACGUUAUGUGGCUUGACAUUGAGCACACUGAUGGCAAGCGGUACUUCACAUGGGAUAAGGAGAAAUUUGGCAAUCCUGAGAGGCUGCAGAAGCAGAUACUUAUGAAGAAAAAGCGCAAGCUUGUUGUCAUUCUGGAUCCCCAUAUUAAGGUGGAUCCCCUGUACACCAUAUAUUCAGAAGCAAAAGAGAAAGGUUAUUAUGUAAAAGAUCAUAAAGGCAAAGAUUUUGAAGGCAUCUGUUGGCCAGGUCUGUCUUCUUACCUAGAUUUCACCAAUCCUGAAGUCCGAGAAUGGUAUGCAGAUCAAUUUGCCUUCGAAACAUAUAAGGGCUCUUCUGAAAUCCUUUUUGCCUGGAAUGAUAUGAAUGAGCCCUCAGUCUUCAGAGGGGUGGAGCUAACCAUGCAAAAGGAUGCUGUCCAUUAUGGCAAAUGGGAACAUCGAGAGGUCCAUAACCUCUAUGGUUUUUACCAGCAAAUGGCGACUGCAGAAGGAUUGAUCAGACGAAGUGGGGGCCUGGAAAGGCCUUUUGUUCUCACACGCUCUUUCUUUGCUGGCUCACAGAAGUAUGGUGCAGUAUGGACUGGAGACAACAGAGCAGACUGGCGUUACUUGAAAAUCUCCAUUCCAAUGUUGCUGACAAUCAGUAUGGCAGGAAUUUCUUUCUGCGGAGCUGACGUGGGUGGAUUUAUUGGAGAUCCAGAACCAGAGCUACUAGUUCGAUGGUAUCAGGCUGGAGCCCUCCAGCCUUUCUUUAGAGGCCAUGCCAAUAUGCAGACCAAGCGUCGUGAGCCCUGGUUGUUUGGUGAAGAAAACACACAGAUCAUCAGAGAUGCUAUCAAGGAGCGCUACGCCCUUCUUCCUUAUCUAUAUUCACUAUUCUACCGAUCACAUACAGUUUCUGAACCAGUCAUGAGGCCUGUUUGGGUAGAAUUCCCCAAGGAGCUGGAAACUUUUGGCAUUGAAGAUGAGUAUAUGCUUGGAAAUGCUUUGUUGGUGUAUCCAGUCUCUGAACCAAAAGUCACUGCAGUCAAUGUCUUUCUGCCCGGCCCACAAGAGAUCUGGUAUGAUUUUCGAAAAUUUCUGUGUCUGGAAGGUCAAGGCAUAGUGAAGAUUCCAGUAACAUUGAGCAAUAUUCCUGUGAUGCAGCGUGGGGGAACUAUUAUACCAUUAAAGACCUCUGUAGGAAAAUCCACAGAAUGGAUGGUAGAUGUUCCUUAUGAACUGCAUAUUGCCUUAGAUACAAAGGAGUCUGCAGCUGGUGAGCUCUACCUGGAUGAUGGCCAUUCAUUCCAGUAUGUCCGUGAGAAACAGUUCCUACUCAGGAAGUUCACCUUCCACAAUAAUGUCUUCUCAUCUAGGUGUGCAGAUGAAAAUGGGCAAUUUCAUACAAAAUGUGUAGUUGAACAGAUUUUGAUCUUGGGAAUAAAAAAGAAACCUUCUUCCGUGCUGGCUAGCAUCCAUGAUGGGAAAGACAAAGCAGUGGCUUUCACAUAUGAUGCCAAGAACUCUGUGUUAACCCUUCAAAAGAUUUCACUAAAUGUUGGCAUUGACUGGGUGCUUCGCAUCAAGUGAAACUGCAGCGUCAGAGAAUGGGAUGGAAAAACCAAACAACAAUGGUUGAGGGUGACUCAGCUCACUCUUUUGAAAUGGACUUUUUGAACUAGACAAAACAUGAAUGUUCAUUGGUUGCUAUAGUUCUUUUUAAUUAAUUGAUAAAGAUUUUUAAAAAUCUUCAUGAGUUAUGACUUUCCAAUAUCACUUGCAACAAUUCUGCUGAGGAGAUGGUUGGCUUUCAGGAUUGUGUGCCUCAGAUGUAUCCAUGCAAUAAUAUCUGGAAUUGGUGAUGUUAUUUAAAAGUCUGUUCUGCUCUAGAUUUUCAGUUUUUCAGCACUAUGAAAUACCCAGUUUCUCAGUGGUGUAAUGAAUAUUUCAGAGAAAGAAACAGCCUAAAAGAUUCUCUGCCAACAACAGACUCUUUUUAUAAUCCAUAUUCACUUCCUAUGGAGACUUCCUGCACCAUAGAACAAAAGUCCAAUUUUCUUCCAUGGGAGAAAUGGUGAACAUUCAUCAGUUACCUUAGUUCAUAUAACUUGUAUUAUUGUGGGCAUUGUGCUUCCAUUACAAGAACACACCAACAAGUAUCAUGGUCAAUUUGCGGUGACUGAGAUAGCAGUAAGCCAGAGAGCUCCCCAGUAGAUCCCUUAAACAUUUAGCCAGUUCAGACUUUGCCUUAUUGAGCACUUUAGUCAGCUCAAACCACAAAGUUUUGCAGUUUGUCUUAUCAUAUGGUGUACAAAUUAACAAAACACAAUCUUCUUUUAUGCACAGUUCAUCCCCUUGCUUUAAGUGUUGUCCCAUAUUUUGGAAGGAUUCCAGAAUAUUGCAGCCUCAUAGAUCAUAACAGAUGUUUCUUAUUGCAGAACACUUUAGAGUACUGAAUUCCAACAUCCAUAUUAAGACAAGGCUUAAUUAGGCCAAUCAUAUCACAAAAUAGUGUGCAACCUUUCAAGUUCUCCACAACCGGAAGAUGGGACUUUAAUUCCUUGAGGGAACAUUCCCACCAACUGCUAUGUACAGCUAUCCAGUUUGGCUUCUAUGGCCUUUUUUUCAAAGCAUACUACAUAAUUUUCAGCUUUUGCUGAUAUAAUGACUGCCUUGUUUCUCUUGAUUCUUAUAAAGGAACUUGUGUGUUUCACCCAAGGAUGGAGACCAGCAGCCAGUUCUCGUAUUUUCCAGGAGAAUCAGCCAUUAUUAUCCUUGUUCUCAACAGGCCUUGGUGCAACCUAAUAACUUCUAAGAGAGCUUCAUUUGAAUGCCUCCUCUCACAUUCCAACUUAUGAGUAUGAUCAGAUACAGAUUUCAUGGCUUCAACAUCAACCAAAAUAUUUUUUCUCUCUUCACUCCCCCCUGCCUCCAUUGCCCAGUUUACCAUUUAGUCUAAUGCUGAUUUCUAGAGUUACUCAAAAGCUUUGUGAUAAAUUUUGGUUGGCCUGAUAAAGUUGCUCUAAUAUGGAUUUUGAAUUCCAUAAUAUCUCUUCCUCAACAGAUUCUGUGCCAGAAGAAGGUCAUAGGGCAUUGUUUUACUCUGAGAAGCUAGCCUAUGGUGAACAGUUAGCUAUCUGGAAAGUUCUCCCUGUGCUUUUUUAUCGAUAACUUCCUCCCCUCAGCUAGCUUUUCUAUACCAUGCAGCCCAGAUAUUAGCAUUUAGCAUUAGGUGUUUCUUCAGUCAAUCAAUCAUUUCAUUGAUUGAUUGAGGUGCUUCUUCUAAAAACAGUUUAUACCAAGGGUUCCCAAUCUGUGGUCUUCAGGCCACCAGUGGUCCUAGACCGAAUCAUAGAAUAGAAUCCACGGUAUGUCUGUGGAUUUGUGGUUGCAGAUGGGAGACAGCACAUCCAUUACAUUAAAUAUUCAUAUUUAUUUUUAAUUGUAUUUUAUUGCUGCUUUUAUUUCUUAUAUAUUGUAUUUUAUUGUAUUACAAUCUAGGCAGUUCAAAUACAGUAAUACAAUAAAAUACAAUAUAUGAGAGAUAAAGGAAGCAAUAAUAAUAUAAUUAAAAUCAUACAGCAUCUAGUUCAACACAUUACAAUUGCUACAACAGGCAGAAAAAUUCUACCAAGACCCUCAGCAAUGUUCCAGGGGUCCGUGGGGAAAAAAGUCAGGGAACCACUGGCCUGUACCUAAUCUCACAACCUGCUCAGUGUCAUAAGCAGGUGCCUCGCUUACACUGAAGUUUUCAGUUUUAUGAUAUGAUUUUAAUUUUUAAAAGAUUAAUAGGAAAUAAAAAAUCACUGUUACUUCUCUUGCUCAUUCUCAUUUACUGCCCAAGAUUUUUCCACCUAGAAAUGAAUUUGUUGCAUUCACAAGCAAGCAGAUCUUGAAGGACAGAUAGAAAAUGUCUGACUCCUUCCAUGAGCGGUAACAAAUGUGCAAUAAGGUGUCCUGCUGUGCCUUCUUUGCACGUAGUUCCACCUGCUGCUGAGGUUUUCACCCUCUUGCCUUUCUGUCAAGAGAAUGUCUAGCAGAGCCAAGAUUUGUCAGAACAAAUUGCUACCGCUGCAUUUCAAGCUGCUAAAUGUAAAUUGAUCCACACAAGCCUGCUUUCCAAGGAAUGUUAGGGAUGUCUCUCAUUUAUUCCACAGAACUAUUCUGAUGACAGUGUAUAUUCUGGUCCCAGGGCAUGGUCUGAAGGGUACAUAAUGCAGUUGCCUUUCUGAAGCUAAGCAGGUUUGGAUCUGAUCAGCCUUUUCAUGAUGGAUAUAAAUGUACCUAGCAAAUAAAUAUUCUGCAUUACUUUGUUCCUGUCAUGCAGCAUGGGAUCUGGUAUAGGAUGUGCUUGAAGAUAAUCUUGAUUUGUUUAAAGUUUUCGCUCUUGUGGAUGUAAAGAUUUUUUGGGGAAUGGGCUGGUAAUGCCUGUUGAAGACUCAAACUUCAACAGUGCAGUCCUGUACAUGUCUCCUCAGAAGUAAGCCCCUUUGAGUUCAGUGGGACUUACAUCUGAUAAGUAUGUAUAGGAUUGUAGCAUAAAGGUACUAUUAGGACUAAAUCCAAACACUAGCUUCAUUUGUUUGUUGUCUGGCAUAUAACAGGGAUGGAGAACCUGUAGCGCUUCAGAUGUUGUUGGGAGUUCCAUAAGCUCCAGCCAGCAUGGUCAAUGCUCAGGGAUGCCAUUAGACAGAGCAGUAGUCCAACAACAUUUGGAGGGCCACGGGCUCCCCAUUUUUGGCCUAUAAUGACAUUUUUUCCAAAUGUUUCCAUCUACAAAAAAAAAGGAGCUACUGGGCAUUUAAUUUAGCUCUGAUAGCUAAACAAAACUAACGUGUUGAUGACAAGUCACCAUCAUGUCUUUCCAGAGGCAUCUGGAUGGUCAGUGUUUGAAACAUUGCUUGAGCCAGGAAGCAAUUGUUAUGUUCUAAGUGAGGACACACUGGGCAAAAAGAACUCUGUAUACCACAUGGGAAACGAGGUCUUUCUCAGACCACUUUCAACUGUCUUAAAAACUAUUUACUGUCUUCAGCCUGACUAUGCAAAUUUGCCUGUCACUGGACUUAGAAAUGCUUUAAAACUGUUUAAAUAUUGUCAUGUUGUGUUGUUCUUGCCUCCUCCAGCCCACUUGCUGAGCAAACUGUAUGCCUUUUUUGUUAAACAGAAGGUGCCGAGACUAGCAUAAACCUAUAGCAACUAAAUAGAAACCUAAAACAGAGGCCAAGAUCACUUUGUGGCAACAAGACAUAGUUACCAAAAUUUCCAUAACUUGCCAGGUAGAGGAUCUGGCUGUAGUUCCAGUGACACAGAUCACCGGUUUUACCUCUGCUGUAAAAGUCAGUCUAAAAAGAUCAGGUUGCUUGGCUUUGUUCAGCUUCCAUCAGAAACACAUCGUAACAAUCAAGAUAUAACUAAAGUAAUAACUUUUAUCAGACCAAUUUGUUAAUGGGGGAGGAUCCGUGUGUUUCUUGAACAAUGACAACGGGUUCUGUGUAACUUGAAAGCUGCCAUGCAGUUAUGCCAACCAAGGUCCAUUUGUUAAAACUAAAGUUGGUCUUACUUGUUUUAUAUUUUGUGUAGCAGAGCAAGCUUGUGCAUGUUUCACUGAAAGAAGUUCCGCUGGGACUUAACCCCCAAAUAAACGUGCAUAGGAUUGCAGCUUUGGUCUUUGAGUCUGACACCAUAACAUUUGUAAGAACAUAAGAAAAGCCUUGCUGGAUCAGUAUUCCGUGCUUACAGUAGCCAACCAGAUGUCUAUGGGAAGCCUAUAAGCAAGACCUGAGUGCAACAGUACUCUCCUCACUUGUGAUUCCAAGCAAUUGGUAUACUUCCUCCAACUGUUGUCUGUAUCCAAAUGCAAUUGUCACAAUUGGUUAUCAUUCUUAGUAGGACUGAUGAGAUUGCAUUGAUGCAGUGCCAAAAUAUUCCACAGAAAAAUGUUGCCUGGGAUUUCAUAGUAGUCCUCCAGUUGGUUUGUUUAAAAAUAAUUUUUAUUACUAUCUUGCCACAGAAGAUUCUUUCAAUAUGAGGCCAGUUGAUGAGAGUUCAAAGUGCAAGGCUCCCUCUCUCAAAUGUAGCACUGGGAGAGAAAUAAACCAACAGAAUGAAUGUAGGCAGAAGUUUUUCAGUUUGCAGAAUUCUGUCAUUGGCGUUGAUGGUGUUAUAAUACUGCAGUAACCCAAGUAACUUGAGUACCCACAUAGCAGUGAGCUCACCAAGCUUAAUUUACUUCUAGUAUUUCCCCUUGCACAGCUGCCAGAACAUAGUUCAUGUGAGCCUCACAUUCAUUAAAUGAAUUGCUACAUUAGAGAUAAACAAAAGCCGGAUGUAAAAUAUGAACACAGAAAAAAUGCUGUUACAAUAAAGCAUUCGCAACCCAAACAGCUUGACAUUUUUCAUUACAUAUUCCUUAGGAGGGAAAAGAGGUUUAUCCUUUGACAGCACCAGUGUGGCCCCUGACCAAAAUUAAAUGGAGGAAAUAAGGCAACAGUGGAGAGGCCUGCCCUUAGCUACAGU